AUGGGCAGUUCCUCGAAUACCAACACGAGCGGCGGGGCCAGCGACAAGGAGGAGAAGAAGGAGGACAAGGUCAAAGGCAAGGACUCGUCGGAGCCAUCCUUCAAGGAGAACGAAAGGAUCCUCGCCUACCACGGCCCGCUCCUCUACGAGGCCAAGGUCCAAAGGAUCGAAAAUCAUGAAGAUGAAUGGCGCUACUUUGUCCAUUACCUCGGUUGGAAUAAGAACUGGGAUGAAUGGGUUGCAAAUGACCGCUUGUUGGCAUUAACAGAGGAAAACAUGCGCAAACAACAAGAGCUUGACAAGAACCAGGUAGUUGACAAAACAAUGAAGUAUGGAUGGUCAACACAGCAUAAACCAAUAGGCUCCAAUGCAGAUGCAAAAGCUGAUAAAGAUGACACUAAGAGUCUCAUUAAGGGGAAGAAACGUAAAAGUCAGCCUGGGACUGAGAUUCAGGAAAAGGAAAAAAGAUCAUCACACAGUCUACUAGUGUUGCAGUUUCCUUUGACACUGAAGAAGCAACUUGUGGAUGAUUGGGAGUUUGUCUCGCAGAUGGGUAAGCUUGUGAAGCUACCACGAUCACCUACUGUUGAUGAUAUUCUAAAGAAGUAUUUGGAGUACCGGGCAAAGAAGGAUGGCAAGAUAAAUGACUCCUAUGCUGAGAUUCUGAAAGGAUUACGCUGCUACUUUGAUAAAGCAUUGCCUGCAAUGCUUUUAUAUAAGAAAGAGCGUGAUCAGUAUGCUGAAGAAGUUAAAGGUGAUGUCUCACCAUCAACUGUAUAUGGAGCUGAGCACCUAUUGCGCCUUUUUGUGUUUCUUUUCCCACACGUACUGUAUAUCUUGCUCACUGGUAAUGUGGCCACUGCUAUUGUUACUGUAAUCUUGCAUAACAUGCCUUUGAAUUUUGCACUUAAGCCCGUGGGAUCAUCUUCAUGUGUCCUUAGAGGGUUACAAGGUUUACAGCGUGCUGAGAGGCAGUCCAGAGAUGUUGAUGGCUGA